UCCUCCCCACUCUCCCACUACCGCCGCUCAUCUUCGAUUCUUCUCAGAACCUUCCUGCAAGACUUUGUUUCAUGGCUUUUCUACCGGCGCGGUUCUAAUCUCCUCUGCGUCUAUAGAAUUCCAGUCUGGAUCAAUAUUAGGCUUUCAGUGCGAAGGAAAAUAUCUCCUUCACAGGAAUGCCGGAAGAUGUGCAUGCGUGCUAGAGGGCUACCUUGGUUGGGAACUGGCAGUCUAGCUUUUGAAGAUACUGAAAUACAACAGUUGCUCCAUGGGCAUACGCAGGAUGAUCCAUGGACCACCUACCAUCUUGGUGAAGAUGGUUGAAACGAAUUGAUCAUCUGCAGGUCUUGUCCACAUCAUUGAGUGCCCCUGAUCAGUUCUGAUCACCUCAAGUUACAACAUCACUGCCUUUUGUGUACAUAAGAUCUGGCCAGGAUGGCAGAGAAGAAGGGAAAUAUCUUGAUGGAGAGAUAUGAGAUGGGAAGACUGCUGGGGCAAGGGAGCUUUGCUAAAGUUUACUAUGGUCGUAAUCUCAAGACUUCACAGAGCGUUGCCAUCAAGGUGAUUGACAAAGAGAAGAUAUUCAAGUGCGGGCUUAUGGAUCAAGUAAGGCGAGAGAUAUCUGUAAUGAAGUUGGUGAAACAUCCAAACAUUGUCCAAUUGUAUGAGGUGAUGGCCACCAAAACCAAGAUAUUUUUUGUGCUGGAGUAUGUGAAGGGGGGCGAGCUGUUCAACAAGGUCCAACGAGGAAGGCUGAAAGAAGAUGUUGCUCGCAAGUACUUCCAACAGCUCAAUAGUGCAGUUGACUUCUGCCACAGCCGAGGCGUCUAUCACCGUGAUUUGAAGCCUGAAAAUCUUCUUCUUGAUGAGAACCGCAAUUUAAAGAUCUCUGACUUUGGUUUGAGUGCACUUGCAGAAUGCAAGAGACAAGAUGGGCUGCUUCACACAACUUGUGGUACCCCUGCAUAUGUUGCUCCGGAACUGAUUAGUAAGAAAGGAUAUGAUGGUGCAAAAGCUGACAUCUGGGCUUGUGGAGUCAUCUUGUAUGUAUUGUUGGCUGGUUAUCUCCCUUUUCAGGACAAGAAUUUGAUGGACAUGUAUAAGAAGAUUUACAAAGCAGAGCUCAAAUGGCCAAGCUGGUUUUCUUCAGAUGCCCGGAGGCUUCUGAGACGUAUUCUUGAUCCGAACCCUGGUACACGGAUCUCCUUUUCAGAGAUCUUGGAAAAUUCUUGGUUCCGGACAGGCCUUGACAAGGGACUGAUUACCUAUAACACACGAACGGAGGGCAUUGUUGCUGUUGACAUGGAUCCGACUUGUGAUCCGUUCAGUAGCUGUACGACCGAGACAAUACAAGAAGCAACAGAGCUCACUAACUUGAAUGCUUUUGACAUCAUUUCUCUUUCUUCUGGGUUUGAUCUCUCUGGCAUGUUUGAGGAUAAGUCCAACAAAGAGUCAAAAUUCACAUCUACCAACACAGCUGCAACAAUCAUCACAAAGCUUGAAGACAUUGCAAAGCGCUUGCGGCUAAGACUCAUUAAGAGAGACGGUGGGUUGUUGAAGAUGCAGAGCUCGCAACCAGGAAGGAAAGGCGUAAUGUCCAUAGAUACCGAGAUAUUUCAGAUUGCACCAAAUUUUCAUCUGGUGGAAAUCAGGAAGACCAAUGGUGAUACUCUCGAGUAUCAGAAGGUUAAACAUGAUAUGAGACCGGCUUUGAAAGACAUUGUUUGGGCUUGGCAAGGUGAGCAGCCCUAGUAAUAGUGUGACUACUGAGUAAGCGUAGAAAUUGCAAGAAUGUGCAAUGUUUACAUGUUGGAAUCAAUAAUGUACUUAUCUAAUUUUUGUAGGUA